UUUCACCAAGGGGACAGGGAAAGGAAGGGUGAACUACCCGAUUAUUGUGAGUGUUUCUGUCACGCUUCACAGUUAACAAGUGUUAUUCGACUUUCUUGUAUUGUAAAUGUUCCUCAUUAAUGUGGGUUUGUAGUUAAAAAAAAGAAAAGAAAGGAGGUUAAUUGGACUUGAGGACUUGUUGGCUCAUUUCUCCGGCGUUUCCACGCGCUGUGUCAGCGCAUCUGUUUGGCGCACCUGAGUCUCAACAUGACUCCGAUGCAUCUGAGCAACUAAACCACCAUGGUGACAUUACUUACCAGUGACAUGUCUGCUGUGGUGAAGCUGGCUAAAUGCGCAAUUCUUCACUGUGGAAUAACCACCGGAGUCCAGGUGUCCUCGGGGAGAGCUGAUGUGGCCGUUUGGCGGAGCGCAUCAGUUUGAUGUCAGCUGCGGUUUGACAGAGCGCAGGAGUUGGGGAUGCGAGAGAGACAAUCCCCGGCUACUUUUAUCCGGAUUCAACACGGGCUGCCCGGAGCCAUGGCCUCUGAGGUGGUGUGCGGGCUGGUCUUCAGGUUGCUGCUGCCAAUGUGUCUUGCAGCUGCUUGCCUGUUCAGGUACAAUGCCCUGUCCUUCGUCUACCUCAUCUAUCUCCUGCUUAUCCCACUCUUCGCAGAGCCCACAAGCACAACAAUGCAAGGCCACACAGGGCGUCUGCUGCAGUCCCUCUGCUUCACCAGUAUGUCCUUCCUGCUGCUCCACAUCAUCUAUCAGAUUACCGUCAACAGCCUCCUGGCCGGGAAGUCCAUCACAUCUGACUUCAACUGUUCCACGUGGGAGAGAUCCAUAAGACAAAUUGGCUUUGAGAGCGUGAUUGGUGCAGAUGCAGGGAACGGCAUCCGAGUGUUCAUCCCCGACAUCGGCAUGUUCGUGGCCGGCUUGGCCAUCUGGCUGCUGUGUCGCAGUCUGGUCCAGAAGAGGCCGCCUGAGGACAUGGCGCAGUACAACGCCGACUUCGAAGCCGAGGAACAAGAAGAAGAGGAGAAGCUGAGCCUGGACGACAACAUCCUGCUAGAGGAGGACUUUGAAGCGGGGUACGAGGCCGAGGAGGAUGAAGAAGAGGAGGAGGUGGAUGAGGAGGAAGAGGAAGGAGAGGAGGAGGAGGAGGAGGAAGCAAAGGAAAGCACCAAGAUGAAGAUCCUACGGCAUGUGGCGGAGGUUGCGUCCAAAGUGAAGGAGAUUAUCGGGAACUUGAUCACGACUGCGGGGAAGGUGGUGGUCACCAUUUUGUUGGGCAUUACAGGUGUCAUGCUGCCCUCGUUGACCUCGGCUGUCUACUUCUUCAUCUUCCUGUUCCUGUGCACCUGGUGGUCCCUCUGUCGGACCUUCGACACACUCAUCUUCAGCUGCAUGUGUGUCCUGAUGGCCAUCUUUAGCGCUGGACACCUCAUUGUACUGUACCUCUACCAGUUCCAGUUCUUCCAGGAGUCCAUACCACCGGACGAUUAUUACAUCAGUAUAUUUGGCAUCUCGCCCAUCAUUCAGAGCAACUGCUCCUACACAUGGAAGCUCAUUGUGCACCCGGAGCGUAAGUGGAACCACUUUGUCAAUCCCAUCAUCCUGCUGAUUCUCUACUACACCCUGGCCACGCUCAUCCGCCUCUGGCUGCAGGAACCCAUCGACCAGCUGACGGACGACAAGGACGGCGAUAUGUGCGAGGAGGAAGAUCUGGAUGGAAACAGAACAAAUAACUCCGCCAACAGGAAGAGGCACCUGUGGUGGGAAUCCCGCCAAUGCACAGAUGAGAAAAACCUCCUCUCCACCCUGGAUGGCUACAGUACAACUGAGGCUGUGCCCACCUCAAAUGGGACGUCCUUUGACUUUGUCACAACGGAUAAUGGACCAGUCUGUGUGGACUUGUAUUCCACCCCUCAGUAUAAAAUGGACCAGCCCAGCGACGUAACAGAGAAGAAGGAAGAGUGUGUGUACGAGGUGCGUUUUCCCCUGGAGGAUUCUGCGUUUGAGGAAGGAGAGGAGAAGUCUGAGGGAGGAGAGGAUGGGAUAAAGGAGAGAGGAGUCAGUGCGAUGGUCAAAAUCUUCCACUUCAUCUUGAAACAGAGCUAUAUCUGUGCUCUCAUAGCCAUGAUGGCGUGGAGCAUCACAUACGUCAGCUGGCUGACGUUUGUCUUCCUCAUCUGGUCUUGCACGCUGUGGAUGGUGAGGGACAGGAGGCGUUACGCCAUGCUGUCCUCUCCCUUCAUGGUGGCCUACGGCAACCUGGUGAUAGUCCUGCAGUACAUUUGGAGUUUUGAGAUCAUAGAUCAUUCCAAAUUCCCCGGGUUCUUUGUCAAGAAGGACAACGCUUUCCACUCACUUUCAUCCAAGGUCCUCUGUCUGCUAAGCUUCUGGCUGCUGCUAAGACAAACGCUUACAGAAAGAGAGGAGAAACUAAAGGAUGACAGCGCUGGUCUCUCAGAUGUUCAUGUGGAUAAUCAGAAGAAGAAGGAGGAAGAGGACUCUGAGGAGGGAGGGGAGCAGGACAUCAUGCAGGUUCUGGGCAGCAUGGUCAUGGCUCUGCUGGUGAAAUACUGGAUCUACAUCUGUGGUGGCAUGUUCUUCUUCGUCAGCUUCGAGGGAACAAUCGUCAUGUACAAGAUCAUCUACAUGAUGAUGUUCCUCUCCUGUGUGGCGCUCUACCAGGUGCACUAUGAGUGGUGGCGAAGGAUCCUGAAGUACUUCUGGAUGUCGGUGGUGAUGUACACCAUGCUGGUCCUCAUCCUGGUCUACACCUACCAGUUUGAGAGCAAUACCUUCUGGAACAAAACAUUGAAUAUGACCCAAGACAGCUUGAAAGACCUGGGCCUGGAGAGGUUUAGUGUCGCCAUGCUGUUUACCAGGAUUUUCAUUCCCACGUCUUUCCUGUUGGUGUGUAUUCUCCACCUGCACUACUUCCACGACCGCUUCCUCCAGCUCACCGAUCUCCAGGCUGUAGUGGCCAAAGAGGAGAGCACUAUCUACAGCCACGCUAAAGUCAAUGGUCGUGUCUAUUUGAUCAUGAAUAGACUGGUGCACCAGGAUGGCAGCUUGGCAGACCUCACCAUGCUCAGCGCCAACUCAGUGGACACCACGCUGUCCAGAGAGGAACAGGAGAAGCAGGAGGAGCAGGCCCUGGUGGUGAUGAUGUAUGACACUGACAUGACUGGCGAGAAGCCCAGGAGUAUCUCUGACCCGCGGCAGUCCAGCACAGACGAGAGCCAACCCUGCAGCACGGGGACGGAGCCAGAGCCGAGCACCGAGCAGAGCUCAGAUCUGAAGAAUAAAUGGCACCUGGUGGUUGACCGUCUGACUGUGCUCUUCCUCAAGUUCCUGGAGUAUUUCCACAAACUGCAGCUGUUCAUCUGGUGGUUACUGGAGAUCCACAUCAUCAAGAUUGUGUCCUGCUACAUUGUCCUGGUCUCCGUCAAAGAGGUGUCUUUGUUCAACUAUGUGUUCCUGGCAUCCUGGGCCUUUGCACUGCCCUUCUGCCAGUAUCGUACCCUUGCCUCCAAUGUUUGCACUGUCUGGACGUGUGUCAUCAUCGUAUGUAAAAUGUUGUACCAGCUGACGUCUAUAGACCACCUUACCUACUCGAAGACCUGCUCUAUGCCAUUAAACUACUCAGCGGUCCAGAUUAAUGAGAUGAAGGAGUCUCUGCUGUAUAAAGCACCAGUGGAUCCAGCCAACUGGGUCGGCCUGGAGAAGUCUGAUGACCUUCUGGGCUAUCUCAGGAACAACCUCUUGAUGCUGGCUCUGUUGGCAUUCGAGGUGACCAUUUAUCGCCAUCAGAAAUACUUCAGACUGAGAAACAAACUGUCGCCUCCCGCUGCCAGGAUUAUCUUCCAUGACAUCACACGGCAGCAUCUGGACAUCGGCAUCAUCAGCUUCAUCAAAUACUUCAUCAACUACUUCUUCUACAAGUUUGGACUUGAGACGUGCCUGCUGUUGGGGGUCAAUGUUAUCGGGCAGCGUAUGGACUUCUUCGCCAUGCUUCACGCCUUCGCCUUGAUCACAGUCAUGUAUAGACGCAGGAGGAAAGCCAUCGCUGAGAUCUGGCCCAAGUACUGCUUCUUCCUGGCCUGCAUGCUGACCUUCCAGUACUUUAUCUGCAUCGGGAUCCCACCAGCAGCCUGUAAAGACUAUCCCUGGAGGUUUCCCACCUCUUCUACAGAAUCCAAUGUGGUCAAGUGGCUCUAUAUUCCAGAUUUCCUGACCCAACCCAAUCCAUCGUUCCUCAUCUAUGACUUCAUGUUGCUGCUGUGUGCCUCUCUCCAGAGGCAGGUCUUUGAUGAUGAAAACAAGGCGGCAGUUCGCAUCAUGGCUGGAGACAACGUGGAGAUCUGCAGAGACCUGGACGCAGCCUCUUUCAGCGUCCACAACCCCGUCCCCGACUUCAUCCACUGCAGGUCCUACCUGGACAUGCUGAAGGUCAUCAUGUUUAGCUACCUGUUCUGGUUCGUCCUCACCAUCAUCUUCUUCACGGGGACCACGCGGAUCAGCGUCUUCUGUAUGGGCUACCUGGUGGCCUGCUUCUACUUCCUGCUCUUUGGUGGUGAGCUGUUGCUCAAACCAAUCAAAAAGAUCCUCCACUACUGGGACUUCCUGAUUGCCUACAACAUCUUUGUAAUCACCAUGAAGAAUGUUUUGUCUAUCCUGGCUUGUGGCUACAUCAACUCUCUGAUUGAGAACCAGUGCCCAUUGAUCCAUUUGUUAAGUCUGCGCUGUACCAUCAACGACUACUUCUUUGACAAAGAAAAAGCAAGAGAGAAGAACUGUGAUCGGCCCGAAAACGAGGCCGGGAUCAUCUGGGACAGUAUCUGCUUUGCCUUCCUGCUGCUGCAGAGACGAGUCUUCAUGAGCUACUACUUCCUCCACGUGGUGGCUGAUAUCAGAGCGUCGCAGAUCCUCGCGUGCAGAGGGGCGGAGCUUUUCCAGGCCACGAUAGUGAAGGCGGUGAGAGCGAGACUGGAGGAAGAGCGCAAAUCUGUGGAGCAGCUGAAGAGACAGAUGGAGCGCAUUAAGGUGAGGCAGCAAAAGUUUAAGAGGGGCAAGGAGAGGAUGCUGAGCAUUGCACAGGAGUCUGGAGAAGGACAGACCCUCGUCCAGCCCGAGGAGGAUGAUGAUGACGGAGCACAGCGAACGAAAGCCAAGACCAAAAAAAAGCAGUGGUGGAGGCCGUGGGUUGACCAUGCUUCCAUGGUUAGAAGUGGAGACUAUUACUUGUUUGAAACUGACAGUGAGGAUGAGGAGGAGGAGGAGGACAAAGGAGACGAUGAACAGCCAAAGAAGUCGGCGUUUCAGCGAGCUAUUGGAAAGUUUGUCUCUGCUGUUCUGGCCUUGCCCAAGUCUAUCAUUAAGCUGCCUAAAACUAUACUGCAGUAUGUAGUCAAGGCAGGCAAGUUUCUUUAUCACGCCUGGAUCACGGACCCCAAAGCGGCCCUGAGGGCUCGAGCGAAAGAGAAACGCAAAUUUUGGAAAAAAUACACCAAAGGAGUUAGACACAGAAAAAGCAAGAAAGAUGGAGGUAAUGUGACCAUAGAGGUUGGUGAGCUCUCAGAUGGGGAAGAAAAAGAUGAAGAGAACAAGAAGUCUGGUGGUCCAGACAACAUCAUCAAGAGAGUGUUCAACAUCAUAAAGUUCACCUGGGUGCUCUUCCAGACAACGGUGGACAGCUUCACCAAGUGGAUGAAUGACAUGUGCAGGGAGUACAUCGACAUCUCCACUGUACUGCGUAUAGAGCGCUGCAUGCUGACCAGAGAGGUCAAAAAGGGUAACGUGCCGUCUAGAGAGAGCAUCCACGUCUACUACCAGAAGGCCAUGAGGCUCAACAUGUCCAGGCAGGCCAGUUUGGAUCAGCUAAGUGAGGACGAGUCGGCCUCGGGCUCCACCAGGGUCCACAGAAGGCGAAGAGGCUACCCCAUGGAGAGCCAGGACUCCACAGCCUCCAGGGACAGCAUAUCCAGUGCCUUCACCGAGGCCACCACACUGUUUUCUCGCCAAUCCACCCUGGAAGACCUGGAUGUAAUGCCAGAGUGCAUUCCCAAAACCAGCGAGCGAGCCAGGCCCAAACUGCAUAAGAUGUACGGCCUGGAUAUGUCCACUUCGUCAAUGGACAGCUGCAGCAGCUUCAUGUCCAGUGAGGCGACCCAGUGCGUCACGCUCUACUCCAGACAGGGCACCUCAGACACCAUAGAAGAAGUGGAGGAUGAGCGGGAUCAAGGGGAAGACAAACAGCAGCAGCAGGUUCCCUGGGAAUCCCAACAGCUAGAUGAGAGUGAGGGGGCCGAGGGCAGUGGCUGGAGUGAUGCAGAACCCAAGGACAAAGAGGAGGAGGAGGAGGAGGAGGAGGAGGGUGAGGGCCAGGAGGGACUGGAGGGUGAGGAGGUACCAAGAGACCAGAACAGAGAAGAGAGAGAAGAGGCUCCCUGGGAAUCCUUAGGCCCAGAUGAGGGCCCCUCUCUCAGGCUGGUGGAGACAGAAUCUGCCCCUUUUGCCCAGGAGAAAGACUUCACCACUGAGAGUGAGGAUGGAGGAGAACAGCAGGACUUCAUGCCGACAGAGGGGCGAGUAGGGCUGGCCUACACUCCCGAUACAGAUGCUUCUAAAACGUUUGACGCUGACGUGCCUCCCAGUUACAGCAAGGCCGUCAGCUUCGACCGUCUGGAAGUUAGCGAUGACGAGAGUGACAUGGAUAGGAAGAGGCGCAUGGUGAUGACCUCUGACAGCCACUCAGACAGCAGGUCAGACAUCAUGUUGCCCUCCAUGACCACUGAGCUGACCGCCAGCGAACUGCUGCUCAACAAGAUGUUUUAUGAUGAGGAGCUGGAGCAGUCAGAUAAAUUCUACCAAAAACAGCCUCUGAUCCUCCAGCUCUGCUACGCCAUCUACAACAUGCUGGUGGCCAACUCAGAGAUGGUGUGCUACCUGGUCAUCAUCAUCAACCACAUGGUAUCGGCCUCCUGCAUCUCCCUGGUCCUUCCCACCACCAUCUUCCUCUGGGCCAUGCUGUCGGUUCCCCGGCCCAGCAAGCGCUACUGGAUGACUGCCAUUGUCUACACUGAGGUCACCAUCGUCAUCAAGUACUUCUUCCAGUUUCCCUUCCCCUUCAACAAGGACGUUUCAGAUAAGAAUAAACCAUAUCAUCCUCCCAACAUCAUUGGAGUGGAGAAGAAAGAUGGCUACGUCCACUACGACCUGGUCCAAUUACUGGCUCUCUUCUUCCACAGAUCCAUUCUGAAGUGCCACGGUCUUUGGGACGAUGACGAGCCCAAAGACAAGAGAGCGCUCUCUCGUCAGAGCGAGUCGGGGGACGAGGGGAAAGACAAGCAGAGUGAGAUGGGGUCUGAACACGCCUCCUCACUGAUAAGUGAGACGAGAGGCUCCACUCACACCUUGAGAUCCAUAAACUUUGGGACCUCCAUUGAUUCAGGACAUGUCCAGGUGCACUACUCGCAACAGCAGACCUACCAGCGUCGCAAGAGCUCCAGCGGAGGCUCACACAUUUCUCACCGAUCACUCCACUCUUCUGCAAGGUCCAAGAGAGGAAGUACGACUUCCCACAACAGCAGCCACAAGGACGGCAGCGAGGCCAGCGUCCAUCAGAAGACCCGCAAGCAGAUGAUCAUGGAGAAGCUGAGGGAGCAGCUCCUCAAAGGAAAAGCUUUCGUCAUAAAGUGGUUCAUGGAGAUCUACAUUCCCAUGAGGCAGUUCUUCUAUAACUUGAUCCACCCAGAGUACAGCGCAGUCACAGACGUCUAUGUGCUGAUGUUCCUCGCGGACACAGUCGACUUCAUCAUCAUUGUGUUUGGAUUCUGGGCGUUUGGUAAACACUCGGCUGCAGACAUCACAUCGUCCCUGUCAGAGGAUCAGGUGCCGGGACCUUUCUUGGUCAUGGUCCUGAUCCAGUUUGGGACCAUGGUGGUAGACCGGGCCCUCUACCUCAGAAAGUCUGUCAUGGGAAAAGUUGUCUUCCAGGUCAUCCUGGUCUUUGGCAUCCACUUCUGGAUGUUCUUUAUCCUACCAGGAGUCACAGACAAGCGUUUCAGCGAGAACACAGUUGCUCAGAUGUGGUAUUUUGUCAAGUGCAUCUACUUCGGGCUGUCAGCCUAUCAGAUCCGCUGUGGUUAUCCCACCCGCGUUUUGGGAAACUUCCUCACCAAAAGCCACAAUUAUGUCAACCUCUUCCUGUUUCAAGGUUUCCGUCUGGUGCCGUUCCUAACAGAGCUGCGAGCCGUGAUGGACUGGGUUUGGACCGACACCUCGCUGUCUCUGUCCAGCUGGAUUUGCGUGGAAGACAUCUAUGCGCACAUCUUUAUCCUCAAAUGCUGGAGAGAGUCUGAGAAGAGGUAUCCCCAGCCACGAGGCCAGAAGAAGAAGAAGGUGGUGAAGUACGGGAUGGGAGGGAUGAUCAUAGUGCUGCUGAUCUGUAUCGUCUGGUUCCCGCUGCUCUUCAUGUCCCUUGUUAAGUCUGUAGCCGGAGUCUCCAACCCACCGGUGGAUGUGUCGUUUGAAAUCACCCUGGCUGGCUUUCAGCCCAUCUUCACCAUGAGCGCUCAGCAAAAACAGCUGCAGACUGUGACAGUAAAAGAAUAUAGAAAGUUUGUGAACGAGUAUACAGAUGAUGACGCCUUGCAGUGGCUGGAGGGCUACUUGGCAGAGGACCUGAUCAUUGCAGAGCUGAAAGGUAACUCCAACUCUCUGUGGACCAUCAGUCCACCCAGCAGAAAGAACCUGAUAGAGAUGUUGGACUCUAGCGAGAAGUUCUACAUCACUGUGUCCUGGUUCGUGCAAAGAAACCUCACUUUCGGUGCCAAGGCUGAAGUAGCGUCAGGAAAACAGGUGACAGCUCUAGACGAUACCAUAAAGAUGGAGCUUAUAGAGGUCCUAAAUGGGACAGAAGAAAACGCACAAGUGACCCUGACAGAGGUCUUCCCUCGUUUUAUGCGAGCCCCCAGUGACUCACAUGCCAAGUCUGUUGAUCAACUUUAUAAAGAUAAAAAGUUGCUGAACAUAACCUUGACCUUGAAUAGAGCUUUGAACGCCGGGGAUCAGACACCGGAAUGGUGGAUUGUCAGCCAGACGGUGCCGGGCCCGAUACCAAAGAGGGAUUCCAAUAAGGCUGAAACAGGCCUGGAGUUCUACGUAUUUAGCGACAAAGUCAGCCCGCCCAGUUUGGGAUUUCUGGCGGGAUAUGGGAUCAUGGGCCUGUAUGCCUCUGUGGUUCUGGUCAUCGGCAAGUUUGUGCGCGAGUUUUUCAGCGGCAUCUCCCACACCAUCAUGUUCGAGGAGCUGCCCAACGUGGACCGCAUCCACAAGCUGUGCACAGACAUCUUCCUGGUCCGAGAGACGGGGGAGCUGGACCUGGAGGAGGACAUGUACGCCAAACUUAUCUUCCUCUACCGCUCUCCAGAGACUAUGAUCAAGUGGACCAGAGAGAAAACUGAGUGAAACACAGCGAGGAGACGCAGUCUAAUACAGGUCGGAGCUCAUUCGGAAAGAGAUCGCUCUGAUGGUGCGAGCAGCUAUUUCAGCCGAUUCAUCUGCUGAGGGAGCCCAAAGUCAGCUGAGGACCAACCCUGUCCUGUUCUACUGAGCUCUGAUGGAAGCGAUACAGCGUUAGCGCCACACUUGAGUUAUAAACUGGUAUUUUAUACUAUUAACUGAUGAAAAACAACAACUGCAGUCAUAUUAUUAACAAAUGACGACAGAUUUGCCGGUGCUGUAUUUAUCUCGCGAAACCUGGCUCAGUUUGGCAUCCAGUGGAGAAAACAAGCAGCUGGUGUCCAGUUGGAGACGGAGAAAUCUUAAGUUAUUUAAAGUCUUAUCCCUAAAAUAAAGGUAUGUUUUUAAACACAAAUACCCAGAACCCUCAUCGCUCUUCAUGCCUGUCUCUCUAACAUUUUCACAGUCGCAUGGUAGGCGGAGAGAAUUGGGCUGCAACAUUUAUCUUUAAGGGCUUCCCAUCAACAAAUAAGUGCACAAUAAUGACCACAUGAGCACAAUCUCAUAUUUUCUCCCAACUGGAACGCUUGGACUGUGGGACUGUGCAAUAUUGAGCUCCCAUUUCUCCCAAGUUGUUGAAGGAUGUGGGCCGAGGGGAAAAGGCUGGUUCUAACCAAGAAACCUGAACAUAAAAAACACCUUUUUUUUUUUUGUAAAGGUCAGAGGUCACAUGGGAGCCUCCUGAGAGACACGACGCAGAAAACAUUAUCAGACAAUCUUUACUUGCCUUAUUUUGUUUUUGUAUGAGGAGAACUGUUCUCUACUACAUACAUAUCUUUCUCAGGAAGAGCUCUUUUCACAGAUAUUCAUUGUAUGAGUUAUAUGUUACAAUAUGUAGGCUUUGAUGGAUCUAAAAGAAUAUGAGAUUGUAGAAAAGAUGGGAACUAUUUAAAUGGCAUGAAUUUUAAUGUGGAUAUUGUUUAGAAGGACUGACACUGAGUAUGUGAAAGUGAAUUUAACGCUGUGGACUGUUUUCCUCGAAGAGAUUAAUUGCCAAUAAUCCAUGUUCGGAGUCAUCUACAGGUUGGCAAGAGUCGAGACCAGCAGAGGGCUGUUUUUGAAUCAGGGUAACAUGCAUUAGGUGGUAGAUUCUUGCACAUCACUUGUGAACCUCUCGCUGUUUUUAACAUUCAUACUCAUGAACACUGUGGCGCGUCGCGUGCAUUCAGUCAUCAAAGAAGAAACGAGCAGACACAAAUAAAAAGAUUCCUCACAUGAAGGGCUGAAACACGAAGCCCUUUGGUCCAAACUAUGCAUUAGAGGACAUUGUAGCAUGAUAGAAAAACUUCAUUAUUGCCAUGACUCAUUUUCAUUACAUGUACAUACAAGUUUAAGGGGGACAGGUCAUGGUGGAAUGAAAUGUGAAAUUGUACCUGUAUGUUUAAGGCGAUGUGGUAUGAUAGAGGUCUAGAGAUCUGCAAAUAAAACAUUUGGAAAGGUUGUUGAGUUUUGCAUUCAGCUGCUGUGGGACUGUGAGUGAGCAGGCGGAGAGUCUGUGUGUUGGUCAUCAGUGUUCAUCACUGAGACCCUCUGGUUUGAAGAUGGCCACCAUCCAGUCAGUUGCCAGGAGGAACAGG